ACGGCGUGCGACGGUGCGUCCCGACGACGACGGCGACGAACGCUCGCCCGCGGAUCGCGCUCGGCCUGUGGUGCGUGCGACACGAGGCUCGCCCGUGGCGUUGAUCGAUCAGGCUCGUACGCGGCGGUCGCGCCGCACGUACGGACGUUACAGCGGCGGCGGCGGCGGCGGCGGCGGCGACAACGACGUUUGGCGCAGUGACUGUGAUAAAAUCGCGCGGACAGUAUCUGUACCGGCGCGGACUCCGAGGCGAUCCCCGCGUUCUCCCUUUCGCGCUCUAUCUCUCUCUCUUUCCCUCCGUCCGCGAGUAACAGCCUCGUCCCCGGUUGGCAUGACGAAGGACGCGGGAUCCCCCCGCUUCCGCGGCGAGGUAGUGUGUUGUUGACGUGCGCGAGUGGCCACCUCUCCGCGUGUCGUCCUUGUCCCGCUUGCGAGCGAGGGGACCCGCGGGUGGCACGUCUCCUGGAGGCGGCGACGAGAAGGACGUGCGCAGCCACGACGACGACGACGACGUGUAGCAUCGCGCCCCGGCCAUGGCGGUGAAUCCGCGUGAUAUGGACGGCUUCAUGCCGCUCCUGUCAACGACGGAUAUCAAGAAGAAGCUCAACGUCGGCUGCGCGCUGCUCAAUUACCUCGGCGACUCGAGCAAGAGCAUCGAGUGCCAGGACAUCGGCAUGUUCAUCGACAACGUCAUACCGUGGCUCGGUAACGGCAAUCCCAAGGUGGUCCAGAAUGGCUUGGAGAUCCUCACGUAUCUCGCGGAUCGGAUGGGUCACGACUUCAAGCCCUACAUCUCCACCAUCAUCCAGCCGACGAUAGACAGGCUAGGCGACAGUAAAGACGCUACCAGGGAGAAGGCGCAAAUGGUGCUCCUGAAAAUUAUGGAGAAGGGGUGCAUGUCGCCGCAGAAUCUUCUGGACCGACUUCGUCCAGCCUUCAAUCACAAGAAUGCAAAGUUACGAGAGGAGGCUCUGAUCCUGUUGACGACGACGCUGAACGAGCAUGGGGCGGACGAGAUGGCGCUGUCGGGGGUGAUCCCGAGUAUCGUCAAGCUGCUGUCGGAUCCGUCGGAAAAGGUUCGGGAAACUGCUCUGAGCACGCUGGCGGACAUCUAUCGACACGUAGGCGAGAGAUUGCGCGUCGAUUUGCAAAGGAAGCACAAUGUGCCGCAAGCCAAAAUGCUCCUGCUAAUAGAGAAGUUCGAUCAACUGAAGGCCGCCGGUGAUCUUUUACCCUUGGCAAUGUCAUCCGACGUUGGCAAAGACAGCGACGAAACCGACAGAGCGAUCAGAUCGGCUCCCGUUAAGAGGCUGAACAUGCCGCCGAAAAGAGGUCAAUUUGGGCCCGCUAAAACACCAGCCUCUGCCUUAGCUCCUCCUGGUCUCUCAGCGUACACGGUCCCAAGGGCAGCGACCGUCAAAAGAGCACUGUCCGUAAGAUCGACACCAGCGCAAGCCGGAGCCGUCGACGAAGAGAGCUUUAUUACCUCUUUCGAGGACGUGCCUACCGUCAAUCUAUUCUCGGCGAAGGACCUCGAAGAACAGAUGAAGGUUAUCAAGGAUACCGUGGGUGACGACAAAAAGGACUGGAAACAGAGAAUGGAUAGCAUGAGAAAGUUAAGAGCCAUUGUACUCGCAGGUGGCACUAAUUACGAAAAUUUCCACGAGUGCCUAAAGAACGUACAGCGACCGUUCGAGCAGGCCUGCACCGACCUUAGAUCCCAAGUAGCGCGAGAGGCGUGUAUAACGCUCGCUUUUCUGAGUCAGAGCCUGAAGACCAAAUUCGCCAGUUUUGGCGAGGCGGUUUUGCUCACGUUAAUGAACCUCAUACAGAACAGUGCCAAGGUCGUGGCGUCAGCCGGUGCGGUGGCAGUUCGGUUUAUCCUUCAAAAUACCCACUGCAGUCGAUAUGUGCCUAUUAUUAUAUCAUGCGUGAGCAACAAGAGCAAAGACAUUCGCAGGGCGUCCUGGGAAUAUCUGACUCUAAUCCUGCAGACCUGGCCUACGCAGAUAUUGCAGAAGCACAUAACAAUAUUGUCGGACGCGCUCAAGAAGGGCAUCGCGGAUUCCGACGCGGAAGCGCGAGUCUUCGCCAGGAAAUCAUACUGGGCAUUUAAAAAUCACUUUCCAGAGCAGGCUGAGAUACUACUUAAUAACUUGGAUGCGUCGUACAAACGCUCCUUGAUGUCUCUCAGCAAUAGCGGCAGUAGUAACAGCUUAAAUAUCGUGGCUAAUGCGAGAUCGUCGAGCGUUAGUCCGCGUACAGCCAGACCCGUGAUGAGCGCAGCAGAUCGAGGUACACCAGGAGUUCGAUCUACCAGCGCGAUUGAUUUGCAAGCUGCUCAGCGGGCGAAAGCGAGGCUGAUGUACGCGAAUAUGAACAGACAGAAAGCAGCACUUCCUCGUCCUAGUAAAUCUCCGGAUCCCAAUGCGGUUGCUAGCCCAGAAAGAAUUGCAAGGACGAGGACAAGAGUGUCGGGAGUUUCACAAUCACAACCUAGUAGUAGAUCGGGUUCCCCGUCGUCCAGAUUAAGCUACGCCACGUAUAAUCGCGAAGGCGAAUCGCUGAUAGGCAGACCAAGGCGAUUAUCCGGACACGCCAUUGGCAGCACAAGCAACAGUCGCGAGCCCAGUCCACAGAGAUUCGGCAUGGACAGGAGUUUCGCGAGCAAACUGAGAGGGAGAAAUCUGCACAUGUCGCCGACAGACAGCACUAGGCCGCCAGUUAUGGCGCAGAAGAUGCUGCAGAAGUCGCGCGAAGCAGAGUCCGCUUUGGCGGACGCUUUGACCUUUGAUAGUAUCGAUAACUACACCAGAAUACCGGGCAAUAAAGGGGAUCAUAGCGACGAUAGCGAAAACAGCAGCAUAUGUUCCGAAAGAAGCAUAGACAGUUUUAGACGAGCUAGUGAUUCGUUCUCAUGGAGUGGCUCUCAACCGAGACUAUACCGUGAUCUAUGGGAUCAGUCUAUCCCGAAGGACAUCAAAGAGAUUAUUGAAAACUGUGCUCACAAACACUGGGGCGACAGAAAGGAAGGCUUAGUGGGUUUACAACAUUAUUUGAGCAGCGGAAAUACGUUGACAGCAACAGAUUUGCGUAGAGUGACGGAUAUUUUUACGAAAAUGUUUAUGGAUUCUCAUACCAAGGUGUUCAGUUUGUUUUUGGACACGUUGAAUGAAUUAAUAAUUACUCAUAACGAAGGUCUUGGCGACUGGCUGUAUGUUUUGUGCGCGAGACUUCUUAAUAAAUUGGGUACCGAUCUGUUGGGAUCUAUACAAACCAAAAUUCACAAAACGCUUGACGUUGUGAGAGACUGUUUUCCGGGCCAACAGCUCCUACCGGCUGUGAUGAGGUAUCUGACAGAUCCAACACAAACACCAAAUUCUCGCGUGAAAGUAGCAGCAUUGACUUUUAUCACGCAGAUCGCUGAGACGGCAGAACCGUCCGCGCUAGGCAGUUCUGCAGCGACAGCACUUGCACGGCUGCUCGACUGGUCAAACGACGGCAAAAGCCACGACGUGAGGAGGCACGCGCAGAACGCUGUGAUAUCACUUUACAAUCUUAAUCCGCCUCAAGUUACUAUGAUACUCUCCGAGUUACCAAAAUACUAUCAAGAAACAGCCUGGCCUCUGGUGCAGAACCACCUGAGGAAAUCGUCCGCUUCUAGUAACCCGGCAUCGCCCGGUACGCCGCCGCCCAGAGCGCAGAGCUCGCCCGCUCGAACGAAAGCGAAAAACGACAUUAAAGUGGAUGUGAAGACUGAAAUCGAUGGAGGAGACGAAAAUCUGGAAGAAGUAUACAAAUCUCUGCGACGUACGACCGCCGAAAUUCAAAAUUACGGCUUCGAACGUUUGGAAAGAGCCACUACCAGCAAAGACAGCGGUAUCAGCAAUAUGGCGGAUGUCGAGGAAAGAAUGGAAGGUCUUACAUUAUCCAAUUCUGGACGAUCCUCGUCGGUUUCCUCACCAACGCAACGGGGACGAUCUGUUAGUAACAUAACGGUGAACGGAUCCGAUACGAUUGCCGGUGACUUGAUUCUACCUCAAGAGAACAACGGUUAUAAAACGCAUGGUUCAUCGCCAGAUUUGAUAAACAGACCAGAAAUUGUGGACAAUACAGUUAAAGCUCUGCAAUCUAAAGUUGGACAAACUGCGGACAAAGUAACGGCAUUGCAAGAAUUUCAACUGUAUGUCCGCGAGGGCGAUCCGUCAUACAUUAAACGAAAUUUCAAGAAAGUGCUCAAAGUUCUCUUAGACAGCUUAUCCAAUGACGAGAAGGUGAUACAAGUAGAAGUGCUGCAAACGCUAAUUGAUAUGCUUAAAUGCCCCGACCUGGUAGAAAGCUUUUCGUCUUACAAUGAAUUAUUAAUACUGAAAGUGAUCUAUGCCUACAAAUCGGAUGAUCAAAAAGUCGAAUCUUCCAGCAGCAGCGGCGGUAGGUCUCCAGUCCAUUGGAACGCGGAGAAGUGCGCGGCGACAAUGGCCAUGGUUUUGAAGCCGGAACAAAUUAUCCAUUUGGUCUCCACUAUAAUCGCUACAGAACCGUAUCCGAUGAAUAUGGGCGCGAUAAAAAUGUUGCACAAGGUGGUGGAGCAUUGGGGUCGGGACGCUAUAGAACCUCAUCUUAGCAAGGUUAUGCCUGGCCUUAUAAAGGCUUACGACGACACCGAGAGCGCGGUUCGCAAGAGCGCGGUCUUCUGCAUGGUGGCGAUCCACGUCGCUGUCGGCGAGGAGGUGCUGAAGCCACAUCUGAACUCGCUGUACUCCAGCAAGCUGAAGCUGCUAAACAUUUACGUACAGCGAGCACAGCAACAGGCUAAUAGUCAGCCUGCGAGUCCGCGAUGUAACAAGAAUUAAUAAAAAAAAACUAACAUCCAAUACCACGACUCUCAGGGUCGCGAUACUUAAGAGAUUCGCCCGCUUCAGCGCGCGGCAUGAGCGAAUGCUUGUUAGCUUCCUCAGUAAGUCCGAUCCGUCAUGAUUGUCGACGUGUCGACGGUUUUAACAAUAUGACUCGGAAGUUUUGAUACGACAGAGACUGAUGUGUGCAUGCAUAUGUAUGCGCGCGCGUGUGUGUGUGUAUGUGUGUACGUGUGUGUGUGUGCGUCACUUCGCGACGGCGUGCGAGUCGCUGUUCUGAGACGAUGGUGAUGUGUGCGGAAUCAGCGCGACGGUAAUCGUUCUGACGUUACGUUUGUCGAAUUUGUUUAUAGAAUAUUAAGGACGUUUUAUACGUGUAGGUUGAUUCUCAUUAAGAGAGUGAAGCUUGCAAAAGGAAUUCGUAACACACGGUUCAACGAUUCCUUUCAUUCUUUACGAGCAUGAAACGGUUGUGUUGCUGUACGAUUGAUCGUACAAGUGCGCGUUCAAGCGAGCGUCAUAACUUCGGUCAGUAGAUACGUCCUUGAAUAUUGCUCCGUGAUACGCUCGCUCGAGGUAUACUCUGGAAAGAUUGUUCGCGAAAUUAUACAAUAUUAUAUAUUCACUUUGCCAAGUGCAUGGCUUCUCGAUUCAAUUUUGCUAAUCGCCUUUUUUAAUUUUCUUACAACGAUACUGUACAUACGAUGAUAAUAAUUUAUGCGAGCUGCGCCGUGUGUGUUUUAUGGUGAGGAGCUUCAGUAUUCAGAAAGUACAGUAUUUCUGUUGAUAUGGCCACGGCCGAGCUUUUAUUUCCCUUUUCGCAAGCAGCGGGAUUGAAAAGCACCUUUUCUUUCCCGGAGACUCCGAACCUCUUCCAGCCAGCCAUGAGAAACUGAUAAUUCAACGAGACAAAUGAUAAACUGAGGAAACGCGAUGCAGCAUCACUGUCUACGGACAAUGAGUUAAAUAUUUCUCGUAGCGCGCAAUCGAACACUAAUCACGCGGAUUAAUCAACAUAUGUUAAAUAUAUCGUAUGCUUGUUUACUUUUAGUGCCGAAUCUACGUUCAGCGUCGAGCGUAAUCGCAUGUCCGACAAUACGUCGUGACGCACCUCACAGCAACGACACGUGAUAAAGGAAAAGUGGAAAGUGUAUAAUUUAUUCGUUUGAAAUCUACGUGCUAGUCAGAUUCCCAAGGACGCACAAUGACGUAAAAGACACAAACGGGGUAGUCGAGUCUUUUUUGAUGAACCAUGCAUAUAGACACAGAAAUAAUGCAUAUAUAUAUACAUAUAUAUAUACAUGUAUAUAUAUAAAAGAAUGAGAGAGAGCGAGAGAAAAGCACGAUUUUAGUGUGAGAGAAUGAGAGAUUUGCGUGGCUGAGAGAUUAGCGCGUGUCUACGAAGCAAGCAUAAAGUAGCAGUGAUUAGUAAAUUGAUCUGCUCGAAAUUAACGUUAACACUUAAACUAUUCAUCACGUUGCCAAUAAUUAAACGAACACUAAAUCAAACGCUAACGUAACGAGUUUAGUAACACUUUGUGCCAUUGUCGUUUCUGUUUACUGUAUAAGAAAAAAAAUUAUAUAUUAUAUAUUCUUCGUCGUAGAUCACCCCUUUUGUCCUUUUCUUACUACAUACAUUUAGUCACGAUACAUAAGGAUAAUAAAAUCUAAUUUUAUUAUAAAUUUAUCACGGCGAAUCAUUACGAGAUGUCGAUAAAAUAUAUAUAUUUUUUUUUCUUUGGAAACGUUGGACGUGAAUGUGAAUAUACCGGACGUAAACAGGUAGGGAGAAACGUGAGUCAUUUAUGGUAAAAUGCGAAUGUCUGAUAAUACCUCGAUAAUUCAGCGUGAUGACGCGAUAAUUUACGUCUACGAAAUACAAUACGGCCAAAUAGUGCCAAAGAAAACGCAAAAUACCCGGAAUGAAUAGAGCGAGGAGUAAUUUGAAAGGGAAAACGCGAGACGGACUAUUUCUUUUACUUGGUGCCUUCGGCGUCGACGCGACGGGAUUUGAUUGAAGAUUGUCUUUCAGCAUCACUUAGAAACAAUUUCGCGUAUAGCACGGUCGAGAUUACAGAGGAGGGAGUUACGCGAGUGGUCUUUGACUGUUGCCGACGUCGUAUAAAUGAACACUGCUUCGCGAUAAAGAAGAGAAGAAAAAAAAGGAAGGAGAGAAAGAUCUUGUCGAUUAUUCUCGUAGCAUAGAGAAAUUCUAGAUGGACUCGAUAUUUUUCCCAUUCUGCGCUCCGAAUAGGAUCUCGAAAGUACAUUUCACGAAUAGAUAUUUAUUCCACACGCGUGUAUUACUCUGCGCUUGUGCGACACUUUGUUCAAAAUGCUGAAUUGUCAAAUUAUUGUCGAGAAGUAACGGUUUAAUAAUGGUGUUCGGUAGCUCUCGUAGGGAGAGACGAGACGGAUCCUCGUUGCGCAUUUAAAUGAUCGCUGUUCCGCGCGGCGUACCGAUUGAAGGACUUUAAUCGCGCCUUUAAAUCGCGGCUGAAUGCUCAAAUGCGCCAAUUGUGUAACGGGCCACCUGCAAAAUUAAGUGUAUCAAGUUUGAGGGACUCGCCGCAAGAAUCGAGCAGGUCGUCUAUUCGCAAAAUCUGCUGCGAAUAUACACAUAUGUAUACACGACGUGUAAUUGUAAUGUACAUCCUGCGAAAUCUCGUCUUCUUGCGCUGAACUCCAACUUUCCGAACACUUUGCGCGGCGAUCCAUUUGACCUCACACCGAUUUAGGGCAUGGCCUGUGUGACGUGUACCGGUUGUGUAUAUAUAUACAUAUACAAUAUAUAUAUAUAUAUAUAUAAUAUGUAGAACGUGUAAUUAUAUUAUUAUACGUAAUAUAUGAUAAUUGAUAUACGGAUUAGGUAGCUCGUCGUCACUGCCUGCAGCGUUGGUCGUGCUGAGGAUACGAGGCUCUCUGACACAGCCCAGGCUCUGCGUGGUGAUCGUGUUUAUCGAUUCGCUUGUUCUGUUAAGUUUUACGAGCGUUAUUAUUAUACUCGACUUGCGUUGUAACUGUAACUCGAUGCGUGUGUGAUAUACAUGAGGAAUUGGGGGAUGAACGAACGAUCCUCGGCGAGCAGCCUCUCCUUCCCUUCUCCUCGCGCGAACGCGAGCCGGAUCGUUCGGUCGCCCACGGAGGGCUGUAGGACGUAAGCCCCUUGCGUUAUCAUUUCAAUGUUAACAUCCACUGUCAACUGUCCCGCGCGCAUAAUGAAUUUCUGUCGUGUCCGCCCCCUUCCCUCCACGUGUGCACCGCUACCGCGUUUCUUGCAAUUUUUUUCCCCGCAUCCGGCAGUCGCGAUUUCAUUCGUCCGCUUUGAUCGGCGCGUUGAUCAUCUCCCCCGCGCGAUUCGAAGGCUCGACUAUCGGACAGGAAUAUUAAUUCCACGUGCGCGCGCGCGCUUGCUUUUCUGAAACGCGAGAAGUCACCACGGACACCUUGGACGUGAGCUUCUUCGACGGCGGAGAAGGUUCAAUUUGAUUCCCCGUGAAAGUACGCGCGAUUAUUUAGGAGCGAAGCGGAGAGCGCUAUUGUGCUAAUUAUUGCGUUGCCAUGAAAAUUUUACACGUUCAGUCGCGUAUUAAGAAAAAAUAAAAAUAAAGAGCGCGGUGAGCCGCGUAGCCGACCCUCGUGAUCUGUUCUUCAUCGCGCGUAUCGUUGUAGGACUUCCCGGAAGGCGCCGAUCGACCGUGAUCCCCGGCCGUUUCGGAACGUUUCGCAACAGCGAGAACGUACAUUCGUCGUUGCAUCUCUUCCCGCGCUCGUUUCCCUUCCCGCGUCAGGAUGUACGCGCGCGAUACCGAGGAACGUGAAGCCGGGUCCGAGCCAAGCGGGCGAGCGCGAACGAACGCGAAUGUACGCGCACGAACGGCACUCCGGUUCGCGCCCGGUCCGCGAAUCCGGCUCGAUGAGCCUCGAGUAACAGAGACGAGAGGCCCGAGAGGAGGAAUUAAAAUAAUGAGGAACAAAACGCGAAGAGAAGGAGCCCUAACUCGAGAUUUUUUCACGCCGAUAAAUCUGAAUAAUAAGCCACCGUCGCGACGAUAUUACACUGUAUUGUUAUUGUAAUUGCCAACUUGACAUAAUAAAGCAUUGCUACGAGACGCCGGUCAUUAAUGCUCCCCGCAUUUCGCGCGUAUGCCGUCUCUCCUCCCUCCCUCCCCCUCUCUCUCGCUUCAGUAUCAAUGAAGAUCACACUAAGUACAUGGCUGAGCUUGGCAAUUGCAAUAGCGAUUUCUGUCAUUGUUCGCUCGCUCGAUUCAUUCGAGACCGAUCAGGCUGCGGCGAAAAUCUCCCGAGGAAAUAAACGUUUGGUCCCAA